UCUCUAAAUCUUGCGGUGUCCAGCGAAAAUUUUCACUACACACAGGCUUUUCCCUUUCAAAAAAUACAAACAAGAUUCCUUGAUUCCUAGAAUAACGUUACCAUACCGCCCUAAAUAGUCUCCUUCUUAUUCCACCCCAUAGCCAUAAGCAUUUCUCUCUCCCAAAUGCUUUUUCCUUUUCCCCUUUGCAUUAUCCUAUAAGGACACUCAAUCAGACAUGACAGCCAUAAACUGUGAUUCCUCGGAGGUCACUGUUCCAUGUUAACAGAGUUGUAUGAGUCUCCACCAAUCCCCAUACAUAAUUCAUGGAACCUGUGAAUCAAUGUGUCAUUCCUGGAUUGCCGGAUGACUUGGCUUUGAGAUGUUUAGCAAAGUUGUCCCAUGGACACCAUGGAGUGCUUGAAACUGUCUCAACAAAGUGGAGAGAUUUAAUCCGCAGCUCUGACUUUGCCAGUUUUAAAGCUAGAGAAGGGUGGUGUGGAAAUUGGUUAUUUGUUCUUACUGAAGGCUCUAGCAAUGAGUGGGUUGCCUAUGAUCCUGAAGCUGAUAUAUGGCAUCCUCUGCCCAAGAUUCCAACUACCCAUGCUGACUGUAAACACGUUGGAUUUUCAUGUGUUAGUGUUUGCAAUCGUUUCUUGGUGAUUGGUGGAUCAUAUGUGCCUCAUGAUCCUGUAUUUCCCCAUCAAAAGCCUUCUAGAACAAAUGAGGUUAUGCAGUUUGAUCCAUACAGAAAAAAGUGGAGUCGUGUAGCAAGCAUGCGAACACCACGGUCUCAAUUUGCUUGCAGUGUUAUUUCUGGUAAGGUUUAUGUAGCUGGGGGAUUCAACUUAUCCUGCACCAGAGGGCUCGCACUUGCUGAGGUUUAUGAUCCCUUGACAGACAAAAGUUGCAGAUGGGAGGAAUUGCCACCGAUGCUCAAUCCACAGAUGAACUGCUUAGGCUUAUCAUAUAAAGGCAAAUUUUAUGUUCUGAGUGACCGGGUGGGCCUGCCAGACCAGAAAACCUCUGAGGUUCUAAGUCCAGCAGACAGAAAUUGGUGCACAGUAGAGGACAUCUGGCCUUUCUCAAGGGAAAUGCAAUUUGCAGCUCAGGUGAUAGGGGAUGAUCGUGUAUAUACUGUUGUAGAUUUGGGUGAGAGCUUGAUUAAAACAAGGUACACUGAUAAAGGAGAGUGGUAUAAUGUGGGUAUAGUUCCUUCGGUCAUUCUCCCUGACCACCCCCGGCCAUUGGAGGCCUUUAGUUAUGGGUUUGCUGCAUUGAGGCAUGAAUUGUAUAUUGUGGGAGGGAAAGUUCUCAAGUGGGAGGAAUCAGGAGCUGGGAGGUUUGACAUUGUAAAGUUGGGUUUGGUGAGAGUUUGUGACCCUUCUGCCAUGCCAUUAACAUGGAGGGAAAUUAAACCCAUGUGUGGGUCAGCAUAUGGUUCUAUCAUAGGAUGUGCAUCCCUGGAAGAAAGAUAUUAGUUUUCUCAAGGUAAUGUAAUAUUUGUUGCUGAACUCAACUGAAGUUAACAGUGCCUUAACUGUGCUUUUGUGGAGUUGUACUUUUAAAGUGAAUUCUCAGAACCUGUCUUCUUGAAUAUGUAUUUUUUAAGUUAAUAAAAGUGCUUUCUUCUUAAAAAACUA